UUCUGACCUUAGUAUCUAUGAAUCUAUGUCAGGUUGGAAUGUGCUCCCCCCUUCCAUCCAUUUCUCAGCCUGGCAGGAUGUGACCACGGCUAGUGCAGGAUGCAUUUUGCUCUGUAUGCCUUAAGAUCUGCCUGUGACUUUGAGAGGGACAGUACAGAGCUGUGGAAUAGCAUCAGAAGAGCCAGGCACUCUAACUAGGCCAAGGUGUGGAUCCUGCCCACAUUUGGGUUGGGGUAUUGUUGGGAUCAGCAUGAGAUACAGCUGCGUUAAAGGCGGGUCUUAUAACUAAUGCACUGGGCUGGGAUUUAUAAGAUUUGAACCCUGACUACUCAUGUGCAACCCAGGGCAAGUUUCUUCCUUUCUCUACACCUCAGUUGCCCAUCUGCAGAGCAGGGGUAAAUAAUCCUUCUUUUCUCUGUCUUGUCUUAGGCUGUAAGCAAUUCAGGGCAGGGACUCUCUCUUACUAUUUCAUAUGUACAACACCUAGGACAGGGGGGUCCUGAGUUCAGCAGUACAAACAGAAGCAUAAAUGCCCACUGGAGUAUCUUCUCCAGCAACCUUAGGGAAGUGUUCCCAAGACAAGAAAGGGAAGCUCUGCACAGAGCAUGGGUUAAAAACCCUAUCGGAAGAGGAUCAGCCUGAAAGAUAAAAUUGGUAGCUGGAAGAGUCCUUUGAGGUCCUGCCUAGACCAUCUCCCCAUCAAGGCAGGAUUAUUCCCUGGUGGGGUACUCUGUGCCAUAAGCAAUGGGGCUCCCACCACUUUCCAUGGGGAGAGUAUUCCAUAGCUUUCAUGCAUCUUGCUCUUGAGGCUUUUCCACGUAGUUCUGUCCGAGUGUGCAUUUACACUCCUCUACCUGUGUAAAUAACUAGAGGGUGCAUGCAACGAAGGGUCGCUGGUUAGCACUAGGCAUAGCAGGAGAAGACUGUAUAUACUUCACUCCCUCCUUCACGGAGCACUCCUGACACCCCUGCCGUUCCACCCCACCCUGGGGUGUGUGGACAACUACCUGCAACAGAGGGGGCCCAGACUUUCAAAAGGGGCCUCUGAUUUUGGGUACUUGCAGAGAGAAAGACGAUGAGUGAAUCUAGUGCAAAAUCCAGCCAGCCCUUGGCUUCCAAACAGGAGGAGGACGUGUCUGAGAAGAGAGGGCGGGGACGACCCAGGAAGAAGCCUCAGCAGGAACCCAGCGAGGCACCAACCCCCAAGAGACCACGUGGCAGACCAAAGGGGAGCAAAAACAAGGCCACUUCUAAAGGCAGGAAAGCUGCAGUAACACCUGGGAGGAAACCUCGAGGCCGGCCCAAAAAAUCGCAGAAGGACGAAGAGGAAGUGAACGUUUCGCAGGAGUCAUCCGAAGAGGAGCAGUGAAAACGCUUGAACCCGGCACUACCUCAUCGUUCAACUUACCAAUUUCUCGUCAAGUUCUUGGACUGAGGAAGGAAC